AAUGCGGAAGUUCUGAAGAGGCGACUGCUGUUGAGAUGUGGAAAUUCUGAUCGGUCGUCGGACUAAAACAAUAGUAAUAAAAAAAGGAGGAAUGAAGCGGAGCGAAGAAUGGUGCACGUGUACAACUGUCACCCAUUUGCUUCGCAGCAGAUUGUCCCGACUGAGCAGGAGCCCGGCUUGUUUUGUUGCGGCGGAGAUGUGCUCUUCGUUGUAUCUGCUGGUGGUUGCAAGAUUGAGGCAUUCUCGCUGCAGGAGGACAGCUGCACUCCCUUCUGCCGGUUUUCUACCAUGGGGAAUGUCCUGAGGAUAGCGCAUAGUGAAGUAGGGGAUUAUCUGGUUACAAUAGAAGAGAAGAGCAGCUCCAUAUAUUUGAGGGCAUAUACAAACUGGAGAUGCCAAACAGCAGAAAAAACAAGAGUUGGUGUUCGUUUGUUAGGACAUUUUGUAAGAAACUCAUCCUUUCGUUCAUCUCCCAAGGAGCAGAUGGAAAUUAUUGAGAUCCCACUCUCUGAAACACCUCUCUGUAUCUCAUGCUGCCCACAUACUGGUGAUCUUCUUGUGGGAUGUGAAAAGAAUCUAAUUAUCUUCAAGUUGAAAAAUGAAGUUUUGCACGAGCAGCUCUCAGCCCUUGACUUUGAACGCUUCCUCAUCUUGCAUGUGCCGGGCUGGAUCCCAACAGCAGUUUGCUACUGUGCUGGCUAUAUUGCUGUACAGAUUGACCUGGAAGUACUAGUAGUGAAGCUAGAAUAUGUUCAGAAAUCAUCACAAGAUGUCAGUAUUAUGCUGAGUAAGGAUGAGCGGACUGAUGAUAAACCAGAUCUAAAAAGGCAAGCCUCCCAGAAUGAGACGGACGACUUCUGCAUCUUUCAGAAGCACCAGGAGAUGUUGGGACAGGCGGCUGUUGAGUGUGGAGUGUCUGUGACACCAGAGAAAACUGGAAUGGAUUUUGAUGAAGAUAUCAAAAUACAGUAUAUUCUGUACAGGAGAUUUGCUCCAGAUUUUUUCCAAGGCCAUACUGUGGAAGAAACACGACUUCGUUCUCUUAGUCUGUUGCCUAUCUAUCGAACAGGUAACUCUAACCAUUGUGGUGAUGCCAGACCAAGGGAGCUUUUAAAUAUGUUGUGCUUUUUCUCGCUUCCCAACACUGGCUAUUUGUAUAGCUUGAAAAGCCCAGUGGAACUUAUCUCUAAUUACCAAUAUCCAGAAAAAGCCCUUGCAGCAGUUUUGAGCACUCGCUUUUUAUAUGUCAUCACCAGUCAUGAUUUGCAGUGUUUUACUGUCCGCUGUAGUGCACUGGCAGCCCGGCUUGAGGAUCCAUACAUGGACACUACUAUGAGGACCUGUCCACCCACCUCACUGGAAGUGUGUGCAUUACGAAUACAACUUUUUAUUGGUCUUCAGGCUUUGUGCCUUUGCAAAAACCACCUGAUCCUGCUAACUAAAGUUGAUGUUGACAGUGAUGGAAGAGACGGAAAGGUUACCAGAUCAACACUGUCUAAAAAAGCAAGCUUUAAAAAAAAGACGCCUGAGGGCGGCCAUGGCUGGAAUCUGUACAUUGUGGAUAACAUUCCAGUUAUUCAGCUCUACAGAGAAAUGAUUGAUUAUAGUAAAAAGUACAGUGCGAGCAAUAGCCAAUCCCAGAACUGCGUCCACCUCUUGUGUGAAGCCCACCUUCUCCUGAGGGCAGCAUUGAUGGACCCAAUGCUGACGAAAACAGAUGAAAGAGAAGAGCUUAUGGCGGCGUUUAGAGAGAGCUGCAUCCUUCUCGGAGAUUGUUACAGCAGGCUUGAUACUAGAGAGUCUCAUCUUGCUCUUCCCUAUUACAAAAUGUCUGGGUGGAGUAUGACUGACAUUAUUAAUAGAAAUUUAACUUUUUCGCAAAAAGCACACACUUUUGGGAAAGGUUUUAUGUUUUACCUGAAGAAUUCUUUAUGUGAUGAAACGGGUGAAGAGCUAAGUACGGAUAUAGCAGAGCAGGUAUUGACCAUCUUCAGCUCUGCCGAGCCUAGUCAGCUUCCACACAUUGUGUGCAGUCCCAGCAUGAUUAACGCCAACCCUGCUACAACAUUCAUGUGUCUGGAAAGGUGGGAGGCAAUAACCCCUAGUGUUACCGUUACACUGACAAAGGCAGCAACUGCACUGAAGAUGAAGGAUCUGCAGCUGUACAAAAGGCAAAUGGAUCGUCAUGCAGAGAUGCUGCAGGUCUACGGUUUUAUUGAAGAGCCAAAGUUACUCAUUCAUCGUACAGCAGAAGGUAUUAAGCCAACUGCCCUGGCAUGUCAUCUGAGAGAGACACAGGAUGGGCUACUGGUAGCUGCCACAGUGGCACUUCAUGAAAAUGGCAAAAUGAAGCUUACAGAAGCAGACGUCUUCUUUAAGGUGAUGUGCAAAGAAACUGGACAUACAGAAAGUGAACCUCAGUUGCUAGUUGAUUUUUGGGAAGCACUUUUGGUGGCUUCAGCUCAGGAAUCUAUCAUUCAAGACCUUCUUUUUAAACUGGUUUCAGUGUAUAUACACCGGAUCUCCGUAAAAGAAAAUCUCAGCAUUAAACCUUUAAAAACAGCAGAAGACCUGAUAAAUUCCUCCACACACUACGGGCUUAUAUUUCCGUGGGUGACUGUCAUCACCCCAGCUCAUUUCAACAUUGCCUAUGAGUACCAGGAGGAUUUACAAAAGCUGCAGGCCUUGUUGUGUGGCCCUUCUCUAGAGGUGUCCUCAAUAUUCCCAUUGCUGGAACAUCUAUCUGAUAAAGACAACGCCGGCUUUAGCAUACAUGUACUCUGUGCAUCUAAGCAAGGACAGUGUGAACACGCAAUCGUCAGACUAUUGGAUACGUGUCCAGAAGCCAUCAUGCUUUAUGCAAAUCAUGAGCUCCACCACGAUAAGCAGGCCCUUUGGUGGCAGAAACUUUUACCAGAAGUCUGUGAGAGGAUAAAAUCCAGUGAAGACAAAAGUGACAUUUUACUUUUUUCACUUAAAGAAACCUUAUCAGUUAUUGCUAUGGAACUGAAUCCACUGGAUUUUCUGCGCCUUAUGCCAGACGACGGGAUGGCAGCUUUUUUUUUGCCCUAUCUCUUUGAAUGCAGUCAGAAGAGUUUAAUAACUCAAGGGGAGUGUAACUGAGUAGAGGGUCUACCGUGGCAGGCCAGAGAUGACAGCACUGUAUGUCUGUUCACCAGCGCCUGCACCACCUGACUGAGCCCGUUUAGGUCAGUGCAAUGUUAGCUUUGAAGUAUAUUUUCAGCGUCCUAUGUAUUAUUAUUGUAAUGGAUUAUUGUAAUGGAGUGACCAAAGAUACUUUUGUAGAUUCCACUACUGUUUUUGUUAAGUCUGAAAUUCUAUUUAUUUACAUCUAUAUAAGCUAAAAAAUAUCAAUGUACAGUGUGUGUAAGAAUAAUAAUGUUAAAUACUGUAUGAAUUCUUUAUCAUCAGUAAAUGUUCAGAAUAACCACAAACAAUAUUUAAUAUUGAAAAGAAUUUCAAUUCAUACGGUCUAUCUUUUCUCUUUCUUGCUUUCUUAUUUUCCAUGAAAUCUUUUUGUUUGCAAUUCCAAAUUUAAAGAUAUAUUUUACUAAGGUUGUCUUUAUUAAAUAUAGAAACAUUAAAUUCUGAGUGCUUUUCAAAACAUGUGCAUGCCUUUAACAUUUUAAGUUCAUGAAUUGUAUUUAUUUUUGUAUUUGUGACUGUGACUGAUGCAAGAUGUCAAAUUUUUUUGGGGUACUCCCCUACUAUUGGCUGUCUAGACCUGAAUAACACUAAUUUUUAGGCCCUUUUUUAAACACCCUUAUGAUAAAUAGUAAAACAAUAGGUGUUUUCAGCAACAAAAAAAAAAAAAAAAAAAAAUCGGGAAGUCUUGAAGUUGAGCAUGCCACAUCAACCAACCCAAGGUGUUCACCCCCCUAAAGUGACACAAUAAAGUAUUAGCAAUACAGGCGUGUGGAGUGCUGUUUUAUGCUAACUCAAGCUUGACGAUAAUGAAUAUUUUAAUAUAAUAUUGUGGCAUGGUGAUUUAGACUUCAGACCUUGAGGUUGUGGAUUCAAGUCCUACUACUGCUACUGUGUGACUAUGAGCAUGUCUCUUCAACUGCCUGUGCUGGGACAGCAAAGGAAAUGUUAACUCAUCAUGACGCCUUAAACAAAUGUGUCAGCCAAAUAAAUAAAUACCAGUGGUCCCAGCCAUCUAAGAGCCAUUGCCAGAAGGUUACAAGUGACAAAUGACAAACAUACUUAUUUUGACAGCUACCUUGUGAAUGAAUAACAUUUAACUAACCUCUAUAGUUAACUGUUAUUUAUUUUCACAGUUAAUUUGUGUUAUGCAUGUAUCCCAAUUUUGUACAUUACCUUAAGUCAUCUUCCAGUUAACAUAAUAUCACAUCCAGGGUUACAGGCACCUUUGAGCACAAGAAAGGAACAACCCUGGACACGCUGACAGUCAAUGGUAGUGCCAACAAACACACUCACACGGGGGCCACUUUGAAAUUACCAGUUGACCCAACAUGCAUGUCUUUGGGUGACGCAAGAGGAAAACUGGACAUCCCGAAGGAUAACCUGGUCAGACACAGUGAAAAUGUGCAAACAUGCCUAAAGAAUGAGGAGCCUGAAGGCUCAAUGUACAGUGUGCUUGAUACAUUACUGUCUGCUAUUAACUGUAUUAACAGAAUCGUGUGGAUAGUUUGUAUCUGGUAAUUAAAAUCUUUAACAGAACAUGUACUUUAUAUAGUGAAGAAAACAUUGUUUAUCAGAAUUUGAUUUUGUCACUUAUUAUUGUGUAACAAUCCAUAUUACUAACCGAGAAUGCUAAACCGGAUGAUGGACGCAGGCACAUCCGGCAAUGGGCCGUAGCUGCAAAAAGACGUACUGCGCAGGCGCAAACAAAAUAGACGGCUAUGCAGCAUAGGUGGAUCUCCUUACAAUAAGGCACUAUUAACCGUUCAACCGCAAAAAAGGCUCCAUAUUAACAGUGAGUGCAAUACUCCUUAUUACUUAUCCAUAUUUCUAAAAGAAAAAAUGACUCGACUCCAAAAACGCAAAGCUCAACUAAAGCUUCUAACUAACGAUGUGCCUAAAAGUAAAAACUUUAUGAACUGCAUUAGAUCCUACAAUACUUCAUUUAAUAUGCACAAAUCUACAUCCUAGAUCCACAUGACGCAAACUAUCAAUCAAAGUGCUGCAUCGCAACAGGCACGGAUUCAAAACGAAACACCUCCCGUCUCAGACAUACGCUAAUGGCAGCGAAGGCUACAACGGGCUUCUCACACAGCACAGGCAAAUCGAUUACAGCUCCAAAACAACACGUCCCAAAUACUACACAUGCAACAACGCGCCUCUCAAACGGCACAAGCAAAACAUACACCAGGAAAAUUCAUUCGGAUUAAUGAAUGUCAUUUGCAAUCAUUGUCAUUCAGUUCACUUCCCUGAAGAAACAACUGGCAAUACAAGUUAUACAUUUACACGUUGUUGUCAAAAGGGUCAAAUUAGACUGCCUUCUUUACAUUCAUAUACUGAAUAUCUACAGAAGCUUAUAACUGACGAUGUACCUGAAAGUGAAAUCUUUAUCAACUUCAUUAGAUCCUACAAAUCGGAAUCCACUAUGAACAUUAACGGUGGCACUGCACGUGACAUCCGUCUUGAAAAAAUGUUGCUUAUUGAAUGUUCAAUGGCAUGAACAAACGUUUAUGAAUAAUAAUAUUCGAUUUGGAGGAAAGGCACUUUUAUGAGGAGGAGAUUUUAGACAGUGAUUAGCUAUUCUUCCAGAUGCCAUGCACUCAGCUAUUGUUCAGUGCACCUUAAAAUACGCAGACAAUUGGCAUUGCUUUCAAAAGAUACAGUUAGUAAAAAAAGAUACGAUGUCCAGAACCAGAUCAUAACAAUUGCUUAUUACAAGUGAGAGAUGGUACACUCACCAAUACAGAUGGACUUCAGCCACAUAUUAUUACAAUUCCUCAAGCCUUUAUCUGCGACGACUUAGUUACAGAGAGAUUUGGAACAGCAAUCUCAUUAGACCAAAUGCCCCUUUUAACACAACACACUAUAUUAUGUCCAAAAAAUAUUAAUGUGGAAAACAUAAAUACCCAAGUCAUUCCAUUACUUCCUGGAAAGACACAACUCUUUCUAAGCUCUGACAAACUUGACUCUGAUCACAACAAUAACCAUCUUAAAUGACCUUACAAGUUCUGAGCUGGAAUUACCUUUUACACUUAAACGGCGUGUACAAAGAAAUUUUCAAAUAAACCUUUACACUGUGCCACACACUUUAUUGUUUGCUUUCUAUUUGCAUCAUCUACACCGUCACACUAUUCUAUAUCUCAUUCAUACAUCACGCUCUUUGUCAUUCCCAACACCAGGGGUUGGCGAGCGAAGCGAGCAGGGGGCGGAGCCCCCUAGUACAUCAUAAACGGGAAUGAUAAAAGUCUAGUUCAGUUUGAAUUUGUGUAUGCUUGAUCGAUUUAUAGAUAGACUGGAAUACUUUUUGAGGUAUGGAGCACACCAAUUUGUUUGUGCUUAGCCACCUUUCUCACAAAGACGGAAAGUUCCAACACUUGCAUAAAGCAGUGAAUUUGCACCCAAACCAUUGGUAUCAUUCUUACCAGUUUUCCCAUGCUAAAGUCCUUAAAACAAAGUAACAAAACAUAUUUUGAAAAAAGU